CCAUAACCUACGUUCGCUUUCUGAAAAUGUCCUUCAACUGUUUUCGUACUGCAACCGUUUAUUUAAUAUUACGAAGCACCUGCAUUACUUGGUUUGACUCUGAACAGGCUUUUAGGUGCAGAUAAUUGUUUGCUAUGGUGCUUUCGAUGGAAAGAUGGAUCGGAAAGGUGGCUGUCGUCACUGGUGCUAGCAAAGGAAUAGGUGCUGCUAUCUCAGAAAGAUUGGUUGAAGAAGGUGUGCAUGUGGUAGGUCUUGCAAGGAAUAGGCAACCUCUGGAUGAUCUGGCGAAGAACCUGAGUACAAAGAAGGGUAGAUUCUACCCGUUAGGUGCAGAUAUAUCUAAGGAACAGGACAUUUUGGAUGCUUUUGUCUGGAUAAGGGAUAAUCUUGGGCCUGUUCAUAUAUUGGUGAAUAAUGCCGCCGUUGGAGGACUUACAAGUGUUUUAGAUGGCAAUGUGGAAGACUGGCUAAACACAUUCAAAGUCAACGUAAUAGGUCUGUGUACAGCUACUAGGGAGACGGUAAAAAAUAUGAAUGAAAACAAUGUUGAUGGUCACAUAAUCAACAUCAAUAGUAUGAUGGGUCAUUUCGUGCUUGGUUUUCCUGGAUUCGAAAUGUACACAGCAUCCAAGCAUGCAGUCACAGCACUUGGUCAAGCUAUGAGAAAGGAGAUGGGGAAUUCGAGAAGGAGGAUUAAAUUUACGAGCCUUAGCCCUGGAGCCACGGACACAGAUUUUAUCGAACCAGGAACUAGGCAAAUGAUUAAAAUGGAUUCGUCAGUGAUGCUUAAAGCAGAUGAUGUGGCAGAUGCAGCAGCAUACGUUCUGUCUACACCUCCUCAUGUUCAGAUUCAUGAACUCAUGAUUACCCACAUGAACGAAACCUGUUAAGAGCCAAUACAUUUUACUGUUAUAAAAAUAAAUCAUAUAGUAAAAGAAAUAUAUCAGUAGUUUUGACUUCACGUCAUCUUCGUAAGUCACAGGGUCUCUGUGGGUUGCCUACUCCUGAGAAUACGACACAAGUGUCAUAUUUUUACUUGCUUAGCUAGAGCCAAGAUAAGCUUUCUUGAAAAUUAAAUACGAU